GCCUGGAGCGGACAGAGUCGGCCGGAGUCCAGGGAGGGAGCGAGGGGCUCCCCUAGUACCUGGGUCUUUGCAGGGCUUGGACCCGGUGUGACGCUGGGGGAGCAUCCUCGCCCCGCUCUUACCCUUACAAAGGGGGGCGUAGAGGGGGGCGCGCGCGGGGAAGGCCGGACAUCCCGCGGGAGCGGUGCCCACUGGUGCGGGAGUCUGGGUGUGCGGGUUGUGGAGGGCCCCGUGGAAGGGCUGGCGGGGCGGGGCGGGGCGGGGCGGGGCGGAAAGGAAAGCAGGGGCGGCUCCCGAGGCAGGCUCCGCCCCAGGGCGCGGGUUUAAAAGCUGGAAGGCAGGCCCCGCAGGAAAGGCUCGCAGCUCAGCAGGAGCGCAGCGACGGCGCGGCGCAGCCUGGGCACAGCCAUGGCCCUGCGGGCGCGGGGCGCCGGGCGGCUGGGCAGCAUCCUGCUCUUCGCUUUGCUCGCUGCCAGCGCUGCCUCGUUCAGCUGGGAUCUCCCCGAGCCCCGCAGCCGGGCCAGCAAAACCCGAGUGCACCCGCGAGGCAACCUCUGGGCCACCGGUCACUUCAUGGGCAAGAAGAGUGUGAAGCCCCCCAGCCCCCCCCUGCUGGGGACGGCCCCCCACACCUCCCCGAGGGACCAGAGGCCGCAGCUGAGUCACGGUCUGCUCAGGAGCCUCCUGCUGAGGAAAGCUCUGGGCGCGGGCCCCGGCGGCCCACCGCCGCACACUCAGGAGGCUGCUGGUGCGAAUGCUGCAGAAGUGAUGCCGUUAGUGAGGAAGAUGCAACCACAUGGCUUAGAUUGUGCCCAUGCAGGGAAGGUGCUGAAUGGGACCCUGGCAGUGGCCUCCCCUGGCUGUAAAUCCUGGGCUCAAAUCUCCAUUACUCCACUACUGUGAUUUCUGGCCGCGUCACCAGGAAUAUCGCCAGUGCAGACACAGAGUAUAUUCCUGCUGUAUUUCCUGCUUCCCUGUCGAAGUGGUGAAUAAAAAGCCUGCU